CUUGAAAACCAGUAUAGCCUCUUUGAUUAUAGCAUUAAUAUAAAUGAUGUUAUACAAUUGACAAUCAUGUCUGAAACUGACUCAAUACAAAAAUCAACAUUGAAGGUUCCUGAGAAUUUAAAAGAUAAAUCUAUUCUGAGUUGUGCAUCUGACACUAAUUCUACAACAAAAGAAGAUAAUUUAGAGGAUAUAUCUGAGGAGAGCAAGUAUUUUAAACUGGGUGAUUAUGUUGAUAUACGAGAUUUUGAAUAUAGCGUGUGGUACAUGGGUAAAAUAGUGAAAAUAAAAAAAGAUGAUUCUUUUGAAAUUGAACCAACUUCCUCUGAUAAUCAAGAUGAACAUGACGGGCUUAUUUAUUUUGUAGAGGAUGCAGGAUCCCCUACUAAUCCGCCCACUAAAGCUAAAUUGAAAGAUAUAAGACCAUAUUCUACUGAUAAUCUGCCAUUUGAUCAAUUAAAAAUAAAUGAUAAAGUUCUUAUGAAUUUUAACACCGAAAUUCCUAAAGAACGUGGCUAUUGGUAUGAUGUACUAGUGAAACAGAUAAUAGUUAAUAGAAGAAAUCGUGAAGUAAUAGGAAAUGUUACUAUUGGAUCGAAUAGAGCCGUGUUGAACAAUUGUCAUUUAAAGUUUGUUGAUGAUAUUUUCAAAAUAAAACCAUACAAGUUAGUUGCAGAAAGGACUGCAGAAGAAGAUACUAUCAUGCAAACAAAGCCCUCUACAGAAAGAGCUACAGCUUUAAGUUGCACUAGAUGCAAAGACAACAUUAAUAAACUAUGUGUAUACUGCGCGUGUAGUGUUUGUGGUGGCAAGGAAGAUGAGAAUAAUCAGUUAUUGUGUGAUGAAUGCGAUGACAGUUUUCAUUUGGCCUGCCUUACACCACCCUUGGCAGAGGUUCCAGAUGUUGAAUAUUGGUAUUGCCCGAGAUGCAAAACUGAUGAUAACGAAAUUGUUAAAGCUGGUGGAAAAUUAAAGGCUUCAAAAAAAAAGACAUUAGCGUCAACGUCAAAACGUGAUUGGGGCAAGGGAAUGGCAUGUGUUGGUAGAACAAAGAAAUGUAACAUUGUUCCACCAAACCACUUUGGUCCCAUUCCCGGUGUUGAAGUUGGCACUACGUGGUUAUUCCGCGUUCAAGUAUCUGAAAGUGGUAUUCACCGUCCACCAGUUGGAGGAAUACACGGCCGUGAUAAUCAAGGAGCAUUUAGUAUUGUAUUAAGUGGUGGUUAUGAAGAUGACAUUGACAAUGGUGAUGAAUUCAUGUAUACUGGUUCAGGUGGAAGAGAUCUAUCUGGAAAUAAACGCACUGCUCUGCAGAGUUGUGACCAAGAAUUGACACGCUAUAACAGGGCUUUAGCUCUCAACUGUGAUGCAGAAAUCAAUAAUAAAGAAGGAGCAACAGCUAUGGAUUGGAAAAAAGGCAAACCAGUUAGAGUUGUGAGGAAUUAUAAACUUCGUAAGCAUUCUGAAUAUGCACCCGCAGUGGGAAAUCGCUAUGAUGGUCUUUACAAAGUUAUGAAAUAUUAUCCAGAGACUGGAAUAUCUGGAUUUAUUGUUUGGCGUUUUGUAUUGAAACGUGAUGAUCCUACACCAGCUCCUUGGACGGCAAAAGGCAAAAAGCGUAUUGCUCAAUUAGGUCUUGAAAUAAUUUAUCCUGAAAAUUAUGUACCUCCUACUGAGCUUGACAAUAUAAAAUCAGAUUUACCCGGCUUCAAAAGGAAAAAAACACUACAAGAUAUCGAUAACAAUGAGUCUAAUGAAAAUGUACCAAAAAAAAAAGAUGAAAAGAAAGUCAAAAUGCAUUAUAAACUGGAAAAUGAUGCUGAUGCAUUAAUUAAUGCUGAUUCUAGCAAUAAAAAAUAUUGGGAUGAUUGUAAAGAAUUGUUAAAAGAAGGCAAAAAAGCAUUUUUGGAUAGAGUUGAAGAAACUUUUAUGUGCAUAUGUUGUCAAGAUAUUGUCUUUGAGCCAAUUACAUUAGAAUGUGCUCACAACAUUUGUAGAGGAUGUUUAAAAAGAUCAUUUAGAUCUGAGGUGUACCAAUGCCCAGCAUGUAGAGCUGAAUUGGGAAAAACUUACUGUAUGAACAUGAAUAUUAAAUUGGCUAAUGCUCUUUUGUAUUUCUUCCCAGGGUAUAUUACUGGUCGUUAAUAAUUGGUAUCAAUUAACUUUUACAAACAACAUUUAUUAUUAAAAAUAGCAGAAUACAUUGCUUAAUAUAAUUCUUAUUAAUUUUUCCAGCAAGAUUGCUUCGGAUAAAACAGUAAUUUAUUUAAAUGUAUUUUGUAACUUAAAUUAUUCAUACAUUUAUUGAUGUUGAAUUGUACUUGGUGAUUAAGUAACUCUUUAAAAAAAAAAAAAAACAUUUUGUAUUCAUAAUUUUUCAGUUUUGG